AUGACGGCCGUCGCAAACCCGCCGAGCUUCUCGAAUCUCAAUCGGCCAGGAUGGAUUAAUGGGGGUCAGUCGUUGACCACGCUCACCUCAUCAUCCUCCGAUGACGCCAGGGGACUUAAUAUGUUCAGCACGCAGCGCAAGUCCCUCCAACGAACAAAUUCUUCAUCAUCUGUGUCGUCGACGACCUCCAACUCGUCGACAUCGACCGUCACAUCCAAUCCCGGCUCGCAGCCAAACGGUUCCGCGAUGCCGGGUGCCAACGGUGACGGGUGGUCGAAUCCCGCUGCCCGUAAGCGACCGGCCGCAAAAGGUCCGUGGGCGAACGGCAAAACCGAUGGGCCCACCGAUUUCUCGAGGGGUACGUCCGGUCGCGCGCCCACCACGAACGGCAUCAAUGGCCACCAGCAGCAGUCUUUGUUGUCGAACCAGGCCCAGCCGGCGGGCCAAAACGGCCUCGGCCGUCCGGGUGCAGAAGCCAUGGGCUCAGGACGCCAGCCGGUGCUAUACCUGCUGUCGUUGAACGGGAGUUUUGAGCGCAAGACCAUUUCAGUUCCCUACUAUCCCGACACGCUCCGGAUUGGGCGCCAGACAAACGCCAAGACUGUACCGACACCAGUCAACGGCUACUUCGACAGUAAGGUGCUGUCGCGGCAGCACGCUGAGAUAUGGGCGGACAGCAACGGCAAGAUCUGGAUUCGAGACGUCAAGUCGUCCAACGGGACGUUUGUCAAUGGCACUCGGCUGUCUCCAGAAAACCGAGAGUCAGAGCCACACGAACUUCAAACUCAAGAUCACCUCGAGCUCGGAAUUGAUAUUGUCAGCGAAGACCAGAAAACGGUGGUUCAUCACAAAGUGGCCGCCAAGGUCGAGCACGCCGGCUUCAUGUCGCCCAGCAACAACGUGCUUGACAUGAACUUUGGCGAUCUGGACCCUUCGAACAGCGCCAUUAUGCUUCCCCUCGGCGGCGUCUCCCCAUUCCGAGGGCGAGCCGGCAGCCAACCCGGGAUUGGGGGGAAUAACCGUAUGAUGCCAGGGAACAUGGGAGGACAGCUCAACGGAGGCCAGCAACAGCGACAGUUUUGGAUGAACCCAGUCACAACUGUCACGACGGAACAUAUCGUCAAGAAACUUCACUCUGAGAUGCGCAAUGCGAGGUUACAAAACCAGGAUCUCGCGCGAACCAACCAGUUCAUUAGCGCCCUCCUAUCUAAGGAGGACAUCAAGAACUCAGAGAAACCUGAAGUGCCUGAUCCGCCAAAGGCACAUAUACCCAAUGGCAACAUUUCCUUCAGGUCCGAUGGCGGGAAAACACGAUUCUCCGAACCCCCCGCGCCGCCGCCAUCGCAGCCACUUCCUGAGAAGCCAGAUGCCCGGGCCUCGGACGUACCCUCGCUAAAGCGAGGCACAACAGAGCGGCCCAAAAUUACAACCGGUUCCCCGGUUCGCCAGGACAGCAAUGUGAACCAGAUCUUUAUCCUUACAGAAGCGUUGAACAGCGCCAAGAAGGAACUCGACAACCACUCGGCAAGAGUCCGGGAUCUUGAGGAGUUGUUAAACAGGGAGCGGGAAGCACGGUUGUUUGCGGAGGGCAUGAUGCAGAAGAUGGGGGAGACCAACCAUUCCAAGAUGAACGGCUCUGCCGACGCCCCGCAUUUGGUUAACGGCCAUUCCGAGCUCGACAGUGCCUUCGACUCCCCGGCCGACCAGCCCGCUGCCCCCGACGUUAAGAUGCGAGACGUGGCCGCGGAAGACGCAUCUUCGUCUGAAGCAGGCAAGGCCGAAGCACUCGCGGCGGCAUCCCAAGCACGUCUUGAUUCCAUGGCUUUGGAAAUGAGCAGCUUACGGGAGCAGCUCGAGGCAUUCCGGGUGCGCGCAGAGAAAGCCGAGGCGGAGCGUGACGCCGACCGCAAGACGCUAGCCGAGAUGGUGAUCCAGAUACGGCAGCGUGACGAAGACGACAGGAAGCGAGAAGCCGAGAGGAGAGCGAGGUCCGAAUCGAGGAGCCGACGGCGCGCGCUCAGCCUGGAGAAGAGGAACUCCGAAAAGCCAACGUUGUACACCAACGGCCACCCCAAGGGCGUCCCAGCAACAGUCGAGACCGACGACGAAGACGAGUCCGAUGUCCCCGCUGCCCCAUCCCGGGCUAACACCAUCAAACCUAAUGGAGGGGUGCUGGCAGUCAAGGGGCAACAACAACAGCAGCUGCAACAACAGCAGCCGCAAGACGGCACGCUAAUACACACGUUGCCGUACGCGUCCAUGGUUGGCGUGGUCCUGUUCGGGAUGGGCUUGAUGGCGUACCUGAACGGCUGGCAGCCGCAGUCGAGGCUGGACCGUUAG